UGGAGAAAGAGGACGUGGUGGAAGAGGAGGAGGAGGUGGUGAAGGAGGUGGAGGUGGAGAACGACGGCGACAAGGAAGGGGAAGAGCAAGGGCACGAAGACAGUCAGUCUCGGAUGAAAUUCGAGCCACUUUAGUUGACCAUGUCCUUGUCCAUGGGAUGACUAUGAGGGAGGCUGGGCAACGAGUACAACCAAAUUUGAGUCGCUUCACUGUUGCCUCCAUCAUCAGAACCUUCAGGGAGGAAAACAGGACACAGAGACGACCACCUGGUGGAGGCAGGUUAAGGCUUUUGUCGGAGGAGCAAGAGAGGGAACUUGUAAACAUGGUAAUUGCAAAUAAUGUAAUCCGCCUGCAAGAGAUUCAAAGGAGAGUGAUUGAGGAUGAUCAUCUUUUUCGAGGCAUAAAUGCCAUCAGCCUCUCCACAAUUGACCGCAUCCUCCGAAAGAAUCAAUUCCGGAUGAAACAGGCAUACCGAGUCCCUUUCGAACGAAACUCUGACAGAGUGAAAAACCAACGUGUGGAAUAUGUUCAGAGAAUCUUUGAGAUUGAAGGACGGCCUGUUCCCCAUGAAAUGAUCUUUGUGGAUGAGGCAGGUUUUAACCUGACCAAAAGAAGGAAAAGGGGGAGGAACAUAAUUGGCCAUCGGGCUAUUGUAAAUGUCCCUUGUCAGCGUGGGGGGAAUGUCACUAUGUGCGCAGCCAUCAGCCAACGAGGGCUGGACUACAGGGAACCAGCACAGCCAGAGCAGCCUCACUACGUUGUUGUGUGGGAUAACGUCAGCUUCCAUCGCGCUGCUCUGGCCAUGGAAGAGGCCUGCCUAGACAUAUCAGUAGAUGCAUGCCAGGGGUGGAUCAGGCAUGCAAGAGGAUUUUACCCCCGCUGCCUGGCUGGGGCCAAUAUAGCCUGUGAUGUGGAUGAGAUUCUCUGGCCUGACCCAGACCAAAGACAAGAUGCUGUGGUGGGAUAA